CUUAAAAUGGCAAAAACUUUGCAAAUCCUAAGCUCACUCUUUCUAUCCAUCUCAAUACUAAUCAUCCUGAUUCAAGUCAAUCCUGCGAAAGCAAGGAUUAACACGACAGAAUUUAUAAACGAGGUCCUAGAUGGGCAUAAUGCUGCAAGAAAAGCAGUAGGGGUUCCACCUCUGAGGUGGGAAAAUUUGCUUGCAAAAUAUGCACAGAUAUACUCGUCUAGGCAGAGGCGACAGGACUGCAAACUGAUCCAUUCUACCAGUCCAUUCGGAGAAAAUUUGUUCUGGGGUUCAGGGAAACGAUGGACAGCAAAGGAUGCAGUCGCAGCAUGGGUGGAUGAGAAGCAAUGGUAUGACUAUAGUAGCAACAGCUGUACUAGUGGAUAUGAUUGCGGACACUACACUCAGGCUGUAUGGAAGCAAACCAUAUUGGUUGGAUGCUCUAAGAUCAUAUGUGACAGCGGCGAUUCAUUCAUAACCUGCGAGUACUAUCCUACAGGAAAUUAUGUAGGGGAAAAGCCGUACUAGAGUUAUAAUUUACAUACUUAAAGUCAGUGUGUUUGUUAGUUUUGAUUACUCCGAAUGAGGAGCUUUGUGUUUCCAGUAAUACCUUUAAUUUGAUAGUGAUAUUAUGUUAAUGUGUCUUAAUUAUGUGUAUUAGUAUAUGUUGGGUAGUCAGUGACAAAGAGUCUGAUACAUAUCAGACCCUCAGAGAGUUGUUCCUACUUUCUGAAGUGUUCCUUCAGAGUGCUGUCAGAAAUUGGAGUAACAAGAGAGUCCUAAUUACACAAUCAACAAUAAUAAAAUUUCAUAAUUUGUUUUUUUAGAAUGGAAUCUAAUAAUUAAGGAAAAUAUUUUCCACCAAAACAAACGGAGCCUAAAUUUUGUACUAAAUAUUUUGUUAGUGUGGAGCUGUUUGAUUUGCCCUUCAGAGUAUUUUGCUAAUUUGCUGCUACGAAAUGAACCACCUUCUCUAAGCCCUUAUAGAUGUGCUUUAGAAAGUCGUACACACGAGACACGACCACACCACCUUAGAGUCUUAUAUACAUAUGUGCAAAGGGAGCUGCCAAACCGCCAUAUGAGUAUACGACCCAUACCUUAGGACUAGACCACAAUGGCUUUGACAAUUCUAAGGUCUUCACUUAUACGUAGUGUUAGGAAUUCUUCUCACAAUGAGAGCUUUCUAAUGAUUUUUCUUCUUUCAAAAAAUAAAAUAAAAUAAAAUAAAUAAAAUAAAAAAAUUCUAAGGUCUUCACUCUCUCUAAAAGGUCCUCUUGUUAGCUUAUGCAUAUACCUGACGAGGAAGCCCCAGUUAAUCUCUGGGAUAAACAAUGACAUUUUGGUAAAUAAAUCAACAAUUUUAUCCAGUCAUCAUCACUGUAGGACCCACUUUUAUGGAAAAAAUUGUUGAUUUAUUUACAAAAUUGCCAUGUGAUAAACAAAUUUUGUAAAUCUCAGAGAUUAACUUGUA